UCUAACAUAAAUCUUCAUGUUACUUGUAAAAUCUUUAAACCUAAAUUAAGAUACAUAAAUUUAUUACGAUGUUUCACAUUAAUUCCUCAUAUAAAAACAUUUUAAUUCGAUUUUUAUUGUCUGGAAAUAAUUUUACUAAGCAUUGUAAUAAUUUUUUAAUAAAUAGAAGCAAUUUAUCAUCAGAUAAUGUAACAAAUAAAAUAGUAAAUUCAAAAGGAGAUUAUAUCAUGAUUAAUAAAGAUUUUGAAAUGGAAAUGAUGGAUUCAAUGGGUAAGACUCCGUUAAAAAGUUUAACUGAACGAGGAUUUCAAUAUUUAUUCUUAACUGAGAUGGUAUCUGGAAUGUUAGUGGCGAUUGGACAAAUAUUUAAGGAACCAGCAACAAUUAAUUAUCCAUUUGAGAAAGGGCCUUUAUCACCUAGAUUUAGGGGUGAGCAUGCUUUGAGGCGAUAUCCUUCAGGAGAAGAAAGGUGUAUUGCUUGUAAACUUUGUGAAGCCAUAUGUCCAGCUCAGGCCAUUACCAUAGAAGCUGAAGAAAGAGAAGAUGGAAGUCGUAGAACUACACGUUAUGAUAUUGAUAUGACAAAAUGUAUUUACUGUGGAUUUUGCCAAGAGGCAUGUCCUGUUGAUGCAAUUGUUGAAGGUCCAAAUUUUGAAUACAGUACUGAAACCCGUGAAGAACUUUUAUAUAAUAAAGAAAAAUUAUUAGCAAAUGGUGAUAAAUGGGAAUCAGAAAUUGCAGCAAAUAUAAAGGCAGAUUAUCUUUACCGAUAAUGUGUAGAUUUUAAGUUAAAUAUGUAAUAUAAUAUUUUACAAUCAUUAUUUUUUAAAUUAGUUAUUAUUUUUUGAUUUAUAAUUCUUAGUUCUGAUGCAAUAAAUAUAAU